GGCAGCUGGGACGCGAGUGCCCGUGGGUCAUGGACGGGCGGGUGGUGCUGAUCCACGCGCUGCUGGCGGCAGUGUGCUCGGCGGCGGCGGGCGGGCUGGGCCGGGACGAGCUGCACAACGAGGUGCUGCACAAGGGCGGCGGCGGCGGCGGCGGCGGGGCGCCGGUCCCGGCCACGGCCCCGCUGCUCGGCGGCAGCCCGGAGAAGGAGGGCGGCGGAGCGGCCUCGGGGGACGACCUCAGCGAGCUGCCGAGAGUUGCUUUCCUGUCAAAGCCUCAAGGCCUGGUUACUCCCAAGAAAAAAGGGAACGGGAAUAAAAGAAGAAAAGGCAAAGGCCUGGGGAAGAAGAGAGACCCGUGCCUGCGGAAGUACAAGGAUUUCUGUAUUCACGGCGAAUGCAAAUACAUCCGAGAGCUGGGAGCUCCCUCCUGCAUAUGCCAGCCAGGGUAUCAUGGAGAGAGAUGCCACGGCCUCUCGCUGCCUGUGGAGCACCCCCCCAGCGCAUACGACCACACCACGGCACUGGCCGUUGUUGCUGUCGUCCUGUCCUCCCUGUGUCUCGUCAUCAUUGCAGCCCUGCUGAUGCUCAGGUGUCACAAGAGGGGUGUCUACGAUGUAGAAAACGAAGAGAAAAUCAAGCUGGGCAUCACUGUGAAUCACUGAGGAUGCCGGGUGCUGGCGAGGGGUCGGCACUAACGCACUUCUACCUCCUGGAAGAGGCGAGAGCCGCAGACCCAACGCCGUCCCUGGGAGCCCGCAGCGCGGCGGGCGCUCGCUGGAGCAGCAGGACAGCACCCGCUUCGGGGCUGGCCGGGCAGCGGCCUCACUGCAGGGAGCUUCGUGGCCGUCUCCGGGACGGAGGGGGUUUGAGAGCGGUGCUCGCCGGCCGGGCGGCUGCGCGGAGGCAGGAGGGACUGGCCAGCCGGUGGCAGAGGGGCUCUCCAGCAGCUCUCCGUCCACUGCGGUGCAUGCUGAGGAACAAACUGUGAAAGGCGAGAAGACCAGGCUCGGGGCUUUCUUAGGCGCAGGA